AUGGUACAAAAUGAUAAAGCAUCAUCAAUAUAUGAACGUACAUAUUUUCUACAAAAUCAAACAAUAAUAUCAACUUUUAUAUUAGUUCCUUGUUGGUUAUUUAGUGAUUCAUCAUUUCAAUUUAAUCGGUACGUUUUAUUUCGGUGGAAUAUAAUUAUUUUAUUAGUUUUAUGUGGUUUAGUUGCAUUUAUUGUUAAUUCAAGUGUUAUACGGUGUAUAAAAGAUGAUGCUGCUAUUGGAUAUAAUAUGGUUGGACAAUUAAAAACUUUAUUAAUUGUAUUUGUUGGAUCAACAUUAUUUGGUGAAUCAUUAACAAUAAAACAAAUCAUUAGUGUUUUAUUUACAACAUUAGGUUGUGCAAUUUAUGUUUAUAUUACAUAUAGAACUAAAGAAUGUCAAAAACAUCAACAACAACAACAACUGUUAGUUAAUAAUAUUUAA